AUGCUGAGUUGGAAUCCUACUCCAUGUGGGAAAUGGAAACUUAACUUCGAUGGGACUGUACUCUAUUCUUUACACCAUUAUGAGGUAGGUGCCAUUUUGCGUAAUGAAAAAGGGGAUAUGAUUAUGGCGAUGGCUAGGAAGGAAGAUGAGAUUUAUGCAGUGGAUGACAUUGAUGCUCUUGUUGCCUUGCAAGGAUUACAGAUGAUUUAUCAUAUAGGUAUUUCAUAUUUGAUUCUUGAGGGGGAUUCACUUAUUAUUAUGGAGGCUAUUCAUUCCAAUGAAGAACAACAGUUCAGUUAUAGCCUUUUGCUAAGGAAGAUAUCGAUUCUGUUAUCUUCUUUCCAAUCUAUAGACGUUCAGCAUGUUGGUAAACAAGACUCUGCGACAUUCCGUGCAGAGUGCUCCAGCGAAAGCCAUCAGCCCAAGCCUGGAUAUCGAAUCCUGAACAGUCAAUUGUCUGAUCCAGCUUUUUGA